UUCAUUAUUCAAUUAAUGGUGAUUUCUUUUUUUAUCCCCAAAACAAUGGCAUUAAAAACAAAUGCACUUUUGUUGGUUCCAUUGAUAGGCGGAGCGUUGGCAUACCGGGCAGUCCGGGCAGCUCCUCCAAAACCUCCGGUGAUUACGUCAUCAAGAAUAAGGCUGCGAGAUGGCAGACAUUUGGCGUACAAAGAAUUUGGUGUUCCAAAAGAAUUGGCCAAGAAUAAGAUCGUCUUUAUGCAUGGUUUUGCAUCUUCUAGACAUGAUACUGCCAUUGCAGAUAUCCUUCGUCCGGGUGUUCUUGAGGAACUGGGAGCAUACAUUGUGUCUUUUGAUAGACCAGGAUAUGGUGAGAGUGAUCCGGAUCCUAACCGAACUCCGAAAAGCUUGGCUUUUGAUGUUGAAGAGCUUGCUGAUAAGCUGCAACUUGGACCCAAAUUUUAUGCCAUUGGAUACUCCAUGGGAGGUCAGGCUGUUUGGGGUCUCCUCAAGUACAUUCCUCACAGACUUGCUGGAGCAACAUUGAUGACACCCGUGACUAACUAUUGGUGGAGUGGCUUCCCUUCCAAGUUAUCGAAAAUGGCUUAUUCCAAACAACCAAGGCAAGAUCAAUGGGCAGUUGGAGUUGCACAUCACCUGCCAUGGCUGACAUAUUGGUGGAUGACUCAGAAGUGGUUUCCAGGAUCAAGUGUUUUGUCACAAAAUCCAGCUAUUUUAUCACAACAAGAUUUAUCUUUGCUCUUUUCUCCUAACGUUCCACCAAGACAAUAUCAGUCACAAGUGUUACAACAAGGUGAAUCUGAAUCUGUUUGCCGAGACAUGAUCGUUGGAUUUGGAAAUUGGGAUUUUGAUCCCUUUGAAAUUGAAAAUCCUUUUCCAAAUAAUGAAGGACAAGUUCAUCUAUGGCAAGGGGAGGAAGAUAAACUUGUCCCUACUAUGCUACAACGAUAUAUUGGUCAAAGCAUUCCAUGGAUUCGAUACCAUGAAUUGCCAGGUUCAGGGCACAUGUUUCCGUUAAUGGCGGACGUGAAUGAAGCUAUUCUCAGAACACAAUUAGUGGGUGAAAAGUAGUAGUGCAUUAUGUUAGUAUUAUAUAUAUAAUAAGUUUGUUAUCAUUUUAAAUUUAACUUGUUAUGCUUAGUUAGGGUUAGAUUUAGGUUUUAUCGUUUUUGCCCGGUAUUUAAUUUCAAUA